AUGCCAUUAGCGCUCUCGCUCAAGGCUAUCGGCAAAUCCAUCAAUCGCGAUGAAUUACUCAAAUACACGAACGGACAUUUCCUAGCCAAUGAGAAACAGGCUGUUGAUCGCAGAUACGUAAAUUUCGACGUCGAUCGGCUCUGCGCGGUAGCUGCAUCUACUGGCAGCCAGCGUUCCUCGCCUGUUCGCUCAAUCGAAAAGCUAGAAGGAGGUUUCAGCAAGGCACUCCUCUUAUGCAAGGAGGAUAGGAGUGAACUCAUUGCAAAACUACCGUUUACUAUCGCCGGGCCGCCGAAGUAUACAACAGCGUCUGAAGUAGCAGUGCUUCAAUAUCUACGUGCGCAUACUCAGGUCCCGGUUCCGAAAGUCCUAGCCUGGAAUUCUGAUCCAUUGAACCCUGUCGGUUCCGAAUACAUCAUAAUGGAAAAGGCGCCUGGAAUACAGCUAUACAAGGUAUGGGCUGAGAUGAGUGAUUGGGAUCAGUUAUGCGUCGUGAAGCACUUAACAAAGCUUGAAGGCGAAAUAACUGAAAUCCGCUUUCCUGCUAGUGGAAGUCUUUACCUCCGCGAGUCCAUGUCAGAAAACGACAAAUACGUCGCAUUGGAUCAUAAAUUGGAUCCUUCUGAGCGGUUCUGUAUAGGACCGUCUUGCGAGCGAGGGUGGCAUCCUUCAGGCAAAAUAGCUUCUGUGCAAUCUCGUCUCAACCGAGGACCAUGGCCAGAUCGAUCUUCUUUCGGUAUCGCGCUUGUUGAACGGGAGAUUGCGCUCCUGAGACAGGACUCGACUACUGCAACCUCUGAUUCACCGCGCGGAUCCUUCGAGGAACAAACCGCCGUUUUAAAAUUGACGAAAGAGAUCAUGUCUAGGCUGGACGAGGUUUCACUCAUUGACAAGGUCUCUGAGCCAGUUCUAUGGCAUACCGAUCUCCACAUGGGCAAUAUCUAUGUAUCUGAAGAAAGCCCAGCCAACAUCGUGUCUCUUAUUGACUGGCAGACAAUUGUAGUGUCGCCUUUGUUUUUACAGGCCCGCUUCCCAGAAUUUCUGCCAGUUGAAGAAGACUACACACUUGGCACUACUGACCUUCCAAAGCUACCGCCAAAUUACAACGAGAUGGACGUAUCUGAUCAAGAAUAUGCAGACUAUAAGUUGAAGGAAGCUAAGUUAGCAAAGGUCUAUGAACUAAGCAGCGGAUCUGAAAAUAAUCAGGCAUAUAAAGCCUUACGCGUACCAUCAUUCUUACGAGAACUCUUUAUCCGGUGUGGAGAGGUCUCAGGAGAAGGCGUGAUCCCGCUACAGGCCUGUCUUAUUGAGCUUUCUGAGGCGUGGAACGAUCUAGGCUUUGCAGGACAGUGCCCAGUCACUUUCAACGAGGAUGAUUUAAAAAGUCAUAAGCAGCAGUUUCAAGAGUAUCGCGAUUAUCAUAAGAUCCACGAGCUUGCCAGAAAGAUACUCGGUACCGAUUUCGAGGGCUGGAUUACACAUCAAGUUGAUUUCGCGGCCAAACAACAGCAGAACGAGGAGUUACUCCAAGAAUUCAUGCGCAGAAGUACCGAGUACAACAAGUCUCCAGAGGAGAUUCGGAGAAUUUGGCCGUAUCUGGAACGUUCACAGACUGAGCAGUAG